CUGCUUUCUUAAGAGUUCCACCUGUGCCAAGGGUCUAAUUUUUCUUAGCUUGUUAAAAAAAAAAAAGUCUAACGCUCUGCAAAUUUCCGUUGUAUUCAUCCUUCCUCCCUAUGACGGUUCUCGCCGGAGAUUGUAAGGUGAUCGCCGGCGCUAGGGAAUAACCUUUAGAUAUUUCUGGACUCAAAGCCUCAAACUUAUGCUCACAAAAGGAAGACAUGUUUGGCGGUAGAAGUAGUUGGAUCCGUCAUUCAACACGUUUCUUUAAUGUUCUGCAUAAAACACCAAGAUUUUGCAAUUCCACCACUCAGAACAAUAACAACUCUCAGCAUACAAGAAGAUUUAGCAGCAAUGACAAUAUGAAUGGCAGGGCUACUAAUUUAAGAGAUAUGGAGGGUUACCGUGACUUGGACAACCUUAAUUUCAUGAAGGCUGCUAAGAUCCUUUUCUCUGCCCCUGCUAAGAAGAAGACAUUUGGGCUUGAUUUCCAUCUGGUGCAGCUCCUUUUUGCCCUCAUGCCAUCGUUGGCCGUUUAUCUCGUGGCUCAAUAUGCCCGCUAUGAUAUAAAAAAAAUGGAGGCGGAGCUGGAGCUGAAAAAGAAAGCAGAUGAAAAGCAGAAGGCAAAAGAGAUGGAAGCAGCUGCUGUGUUGGAAAAAGAAGCAGAGUCUGCAAAUCCAGAACUGUUGAUGGUCAAAGAGAGGCUAGAAGCACUCGAGGAGACUUUGAAGGAUAUUGUGGUAGAAACAAAGAAGCGACCAAUUGAGGAAAAGAGAAAAAAUGCAGAUCAACAUCAACAUCAACAUCAAGAGAGAGCAGAUCCUAAUAGAAAAUCAGGUGAUAACCAUAUUCAUAUCCCUGUGAAAAACCAACCAACCCAGGAGGCAACAUCAGGAUAGCCACAGAAGCAAAGGGAUAGUGAAAAGAGAGGGUCUCGAGAAGAUGGAAUAAAAUGAGUUAUAUAUUGAAAAAAGAUUGUUUCUUGCUGUAAGUUUUCUAUUCUUGAACACCCUCCCUUUUUAUCGUGCUGAAGUUAUGUAGAGGCCUUGAAGGCACAAAAUAUGGACCUACUUGUCUGAGAGUGGAUAACGAUUCACCAAAAGGACUCGAGUUCAAAGGAGGAACAAAGUCCUGCCACCACCAUGCACCCCCAACUUAACAUCCAUGCGAAGCACUAGCCCUACCACAACUUCUGCAAAGACCUGACUGUUGCUCUUAAAAGACUAGGAGACUGAAAUAUCAUUGAAGGUUUCUAAAACCUCGGUUGCUCUUGACAUGUUCAUCAAUGGAAACAGUCUUCUCUGCUAGUCGAUACAAAUGCUUUGUACAUCUGGACACCUCAUUUCAUCCAAUUAUUGUUAAUCCGAGUAUCAUGAAUCUAGCAGGCAGCAUUAUUUCGAUAAUGGAAUGUAUUAUUUAGAUCAGUAAAUUCUGUAAGCCGGAGCUAGCUUCUUGUGAUAAUAUGAAAUCGUUCUUGAGUCCGUUUUGAAAA